CCUCUCAACCGUCAGAACUAAACGUCACUAAAUACUCGUCUUUGACUUCACUUCGCCAUAAGCUGAUCCUGGAUGUUAGUACAAAACAGCCGCUUCGGCUUCUUUUUCCCCGCCAUUCAAAAGCGUAUUCCUUCAAACCUUUCUUUCUCCGUUGCUUCCUUAGCCAUGGAUACGGCCUCGCCUUCUGCGCUGUUUUUAUGCGGAAAAUCAUCAACGGAAACAGAAAUUGCCAAAUCAUUGAGAAUCAACGAUGUUCUUAAUCUACCAAACGGCGGUAAAAUUUCAACUCAUUUACAAUCGGAGAUUAAUAGUUCCCGAUUUGGUGAAGAUGCUUUUAAUGUCCAAUUGUUUUUUAAUUCACUCUCAACUAAACGGUUUGGUCGGUUCCUUAUUUGGUCUCCUCUGUUGCCUUCCACGCAUGACAUCGUUUCUCAUAAUUUUUGUGAACUUCCAGUUGGUGCAGUUUGUGUAGCUGAUACUCAGUUUAAAGGGCGAGGUCGGUCCAAGAAUGCGUGGGAGUCUCCUAGGGGAUGCCUUAUGUUUUCAUUUACAUUACAAAUGGAUGAUGGAAAAAUUGUGCCUCUGGUACAAUAUGUGGUGUCUCUUGCUGUGACAGAGGCUAUAAAAGAUGUUUAUGAUAGAAAUGGAUUCCCCUGUAUUGAUGUUAGGAUCAAGUGGCCAAAUGAUCUGUACUUAAAUGGCCUUAAAGUUGGAGGAAUUCUUUGCACGUCAACUUACAAAUCAAAGAAGUUCAAUGUUAGCUCUGGUAUAGGUCUGAAUGUUGGCAAUGAGAAACCAACAACAUGUUUGAAUACAGUAUUAAAAGAGCUUUAUGCUAGUUCUAAUGAAUUUAGAAGAGAAGAUGUCAUGGCUGCCUUCUUUAAUAAAUUUGAGAUGAUGUAUGAUAUUUUUAUAAAUCAAGGUGAGUCAAUCUUUUGGUGCUCUCUACAGUGUCCUGGAUUUCAAACUCUAGAGGAACUUUACUAUCGAACAUGGCUUCACAGUGGACAGAGAGUUAUUGUACAGGAAAAGAAUGAGAAUAAAGUUGUUGAAAACGUGGUUACAAUACAGGGUUUGACAGCAUCAGGAUAUUUGUUAGCUAUUGGUGACGACAAUCAAAUGUGUGAGCUUCAUCCCGAUGGAAACAGUUUUGACUUCUUCAAAGGACUGGUCAGAAGAAAACUUGAAUGAAGACCAUGCCAUUUUCGACCGGAGGCCAACUGUCACGUCGUAGCAUGUUAGAUGUUCUUGGACACAAACUAUUGAACAGAACUCAUGAAAUGUUUACUCCAGAUAUGCCCUGUGAAUCAAGGCGUUAUUUUAGAAAUUGAGUCUCAUCUUUGCGGCCUUGUUCUUUAUGAGGAUAAAUCAUAUUAGUUAUUAUUUUCUCGAUGCUGACAAUACUGUUCCAUAUUGGUCUUAAAGUUUAUAUUUUUUAUAUAAAUA